AUUGAUUAAUUGAUUGCUUGAUUGAUUGAUUGGUUGGUUGGUUGAUAUGUGAACGUUUUGGGGUUUUCUUGUUUUCCCUGAAAUAUUGAAAUUUACUCCUGGUUUUAGAAAGAAUGCUGAGCUAUGUUUUGUUUUGUUUUUGUUUUGUUUUUUGCAGAUUUUAAAUAGUUUUUACAAAUACAGUGUUUUUAAAGUAAACUUUGGUUCCGAUGUGAUUUGUAUAUGCCUCGUUGAAAAAUGUCUGUUUGUCUUUCUGCGAGUGUCGUGUUUGCACAGUAAAGCGUGUCUAAUCCGGCAUUGCUUGGGACCGGAAUAUUGUGGCGGAUUUUGCAGUACGGUAUGACUAUACUGUAUGUGAACACAGCAAAAGUACAGUCUAGAUAUAACCUCAUUCAAGGGUUGUAUUCAUUUGUAUUUUACUUUCUCCACUAUGUAAGCAAGGGUUUUACUGUAUUAUUAUUGAUGGUAAACUAAGAAAGCAAAAGUCACAUAACUUGGUGCUGGACUUCAGUCAAAUGUCCAUUGACUUUAGGCAGACAAGACUUGCACGCACGCACGCACACACAUAACCAACACAUACGAUCUCGUGAAACCAGUUUAAUUCCAAAUGGCAUGCUGACAAGAGGUUAUCGUGCAUUUGCGCCUGCAUAUAGACUAGAAGAGAUUUUAAUUUUAAUUUUUUUGUAUCCAUCCCCGUGUGUCGCUAAUACAUGAAAGUGUUAAUUCCGAAGCUCGCACGCAUGUGCUGGUCAAGUUUACUGGAAGCCCGUGGCAGCGACUCACACCCGGUUUAUUUUUAUAUUCUAGUCUCGCAGGCCAGGUUUUCGUGGUUUGAGAAAAGGAAGCUGCUUGUGGGCGGGUAGAAGUUUUCUUUUUUAUUUUAAUGUUUAUUAGCUUCGAUCAUAGAUCUCGGUUUAUUAACUAGCUGAAAAAGCGGUUUCCUGUUUUGCCUCGAUUUUGAAAAACCACCACCAGCAAAAAAAAAAAGUCUCAAAGCCUGACCUAAUUUCAGCACCGUCUGGUCCAAGUUGAUCUCUUCACUUUCUGCUGGUUCCAAUGACCCCGAUUCGCACUAAUCUUGUACUAUAUACAUGCAACCUUUGAGCUAAUCAGGAUCCGUGAAACCAGAAAUUAAUGAUGCAAAAAAAAAAAAAAACACUGUCGCUUGCCGAAUUUGUCAAACCUCCUUGCAAGCUCGUCUUUGUUACGCACGCUUGAAGUGGUGCUUCGAUCUUUUGCAGAACUUCGGAUACAAACCCGACCACAUCCUUUAUCAGUGCGAUACCAGGAGGUUCAAUCCAGACUCAUCCAUUGACUCACUGUGUGCGUGCGUGUGACCCUGAGCAAGUCACUUCACCUGCUUGUGCUCCGUCCUUCAGAUGACACGUAAAACAAACGGGGUCCUAUCGGAAGUGACUCUGCAGCAGCAGUUGUUAGUGAUGCAUAGCUCACCCCCAUAGUCUCUACGUCGCUUUGGAUAAAAAUGUCUGCUAAAUGACUAAUAAUAAUAAUAAUAGAGAGGGGUGGUCGGAAAUCUUACAAUCAGAAGAAUUGGAUCCACGAACACCCAGUCAGAUCGAAGACAGAAGCCAGCUCGGUGCCAUCGUGGUGUGGAAAGGGUUAAUUACCUUCGCUGUUCUCCAACCGGUUUGUUUGAACCCUUUCAUGUAUGGUGACCUCAUAUGGGGACGGAUUAAAAAAAAAGGUCUCUUCCAGUCUUAUCAACACAGUAUAAACAUUUCAUAUGCUUCAACUUACCUAGCUGUUCUUUACAAUAACUCCAGAACAUUUAGAAGUUAACCAUGUAUUUGUAUUGUAAUAUGGCUGGACUUGCACGAACUGGCUGAGCUUUGAACUGCGAAUUCCCCUAAUUCUCAGUAUGUAGGGCGGAGUUUCAAACGUUGAAACUUAAUUUAAAAAAAAAAAAAAAAACACCCUUCUAUCUCUCGUCCCCGAUUGCCUUAUGAAGAUUUUUAUUUCUGGAUUGUCUCGAGGGCAACAGGAUAUGACGGCAAAUCUCACAAAUGCACAGGAAUAGGUUAUACUGUAAUGCUAUUAAUAAGAUGAUUUACUCAUAACGAGAGAGAGAGAGAGGUAGGUUGGUUGAUUCUUGCGACGACUGGUACUGUACAACGAUCUGAACUUAUCUGUAGCACCUUACCGAAGAAUUUUGAACUAUUAAAUUAUUUCUCCUGGGUUUUUUGGUAAGUUUAGUAAAUGCUUGUAUACCGUUGACUGAUCUGCCUAUGUGCGUGUGUGUGUUUGUGUUUAUGGUGUUUCUGUUGAGUGUAAAAGUGAACUGUAAAUAAAAAUUCAGAGGCGUAUUUAAAAAAAAAAAAAAAAAAAAAAAAAAAGUCGAUUACGUUUUAAAUAUGUAACUGUAUUCACUUGUCGUCCACACUGUUCAUUGCAUUUCUAUUCAGGGCUGCCAUACAGCUUAUUGUCGGAGGCUUUGAUGUCUUUUUCAUUUCAAUUACUUGGAAGUGCUUUAUCAACUGGUUUUGAAAUAUUCUCUUGAAUCGUUUUAACUAACACAUGUCCCGUCCCGUUUAAAAAAGAGUUAUUUCAAAUUAGUUCAAUAAAUUACGCCCGGCGAUAAUGCGUGGUUCUGUAUGCGAUCAUUAGUAUAACAUUAUUAUUAUUAUUAUUAUUAUUAUUAUUAUUAUUAUUAUUAUUAUUAUUAUUAUUAUUAUUAUUAUUAACGCACCAAUGUUAGUUAUUCUGGUCCGUGUGAUACAAUGUAUUAUUACACGAGGUAAGGUAUCGAUCCAUGUAUUAUUAUUAUUAUUUUUUUUCUACAGCAUAGUGUAACGCUGCCUGUGUGCUAUUUUUACAGCUAGACUCCGUGGAGCUAUGCAAGUCAGAAAAUGAUUUGUAAGCACCGAAACUUGCAACUCUGUCAGAACCUGCUACCUGGUGCGUUGCUUGUGGGUGUUGUAUUAAUCUGGUGUUGCAACAGGUUCCACAUUUAUAACGGAUAGUUUGCACAGGGAGAAAUCCCAAAAGACAGUGCGCAAAAAGACAGUGCGCAAAAACGCAUGCCGGUAUGAGAACUUUUUAAAACCAUGCUAUAUGCCAAUAUGUUUGUUUUUUUUCUUCUUCUUAAUAUUAUGUUCAUGUUUUCAUUAAACAUUUAGUUUUUUAUUUGUAUUGUGAAAAACACAACUCCUAGGAGAAUGGGUCUAACAGGCUACAGUCGCCGAUCCAUUCCAAGGACAAAUCAUCGACCAUUUGAAUCGGUGUGCCGCUUUCAAACAUUCAAACCUAAAUAACAUCCGUCUACUUGGCUAUUUCUACCACGGUACCUGUUUCGAUUGAUUGAUUGCUUGAUUGAUUGAUUGAUUGAACAGUGGCUGUAACAAUCUUCUUACGUCUUUACCGAUCUCGUGUGUCUGCAGUGUGAACCCACUGCUGGGUUCGUCGGAUCAUGCCUGCCCACCCGAUGACGUCAGUGACCGGCUGCCUCGGAUCCCUGCUGUGCUGUGGGUCGAUUGUGCUGCUUCUCUUGUGUGAUGACGCAAUGGGGGCUGAAGCCAACUCGACUGCAGGUCAGCCCUGCUCUCACCCGCUCGUCCCGGAGCACGGAGGUUUCCGCUGCGCUCCGUCUCCCUGCCGCGGCUUCGCCCCGAAACGGGUCAUUGAGUAUUUCUGCGAGCCGGGGUACUCUCUGCACGGCGCCGCCAGGACUGCCCACUGUCGCCAUGGCAAGUGGAGCCCCACAGGUCCACCCUACUGCGCGCCCGACCUGGAGUCUAACCCGGGAUCGGGCGAUUCGGACACUACUGACCAGGAGUCCAGCCCUCUUCCCGCCGUUGCCACGACGGCCGUGGCAGUGUCCGUCUUCCUGCUGACCACCACGGCCUGCAUACUGGUCAAACCACGGGUGCGAGUCUGCCACUGUGACAGACGACUUUCAGACCAACUGGGCUUGAUGAUUGACAGCCCCCCGGUCCUCCUGCCCUCCUAUGAGGAGGCUGUGUACGGAAACCAGGGCAACCUAGCCCCGCCCACACGGGGACCCACCCAGCUCCUGUGCGUCGAGGGACGACUGGAUCCCGCCCACCAGCCGCCGGAUAGCUUGUUGGGCGGCUUAUCCAAUUGCUGCGUGGAAACCCUUCCCCCUCCUUACGAAGAGGUCCAAUCGCACAGCAGCCGGAAUGAGCAGAGGAGGGCGGAAUUCUCGCAGACGUUCCGGGUUUCCACGGCGAUCGGAAAGGAUGUUUAGAGUUUUAGAACGCAGUUUAUAGAAACACUUUUUUUUUCUGUGUUUCCACUUGCAACUGGGACCGAAUCAAAAGCGGUCUGAAACCAGACUGGUUUAUUUCUAACAGCAGCAGAACUGAGAUCAAACCCAGUUCAAUCUGGCAGAACGCGAUCUCUCCACCCUGAUUGGUGGAAAAGUUAGCGCAUUAGUGUCCAAUGAGGAGGUGGGUUUUAAAUCUCCUAUUUCUAUUUAUAAUACAUCGCUUUGCUGGACCGCGGCCCGAAGGAUUACUGUCUGUCAGGAAAUCGCUGGUUUCCUUGGGAGAAAUUGAGAGACGUUACACCCUGUAUGUCUGUCACACCUCAGGUGGAAAAGGACCCCUCAAAACUGAAGCCACGGUGCUUUCACUUGAGAACCCCUCUUUUUUUUGGUUUCUGUGGCUGGAGUUUAACAGGCCCUGGGGGCCACACCUGUGUACGUUUAAACAAACGAACCCCAGAAAUGUUUCCCCCGCAGUAUACCCUGCUUUGCCGUGUUUAAUAUGCUUCACCAUACCUCGCUUCUUUACAAUUCAAACCUGUGCUUUACCAUGCUGUCCCUUUAUGAGGGAUAUCGCUCAUGAAGACACUGGCUUGUGUGGCAGCCUGCAUUGUAAAACACAAAAUUCAAGUCCUUAAAGAAGGAUUACUACCUACACCACUGAUAUCCUUUUUCCUUUUUUUAAAAUGUGUAAAUAACAAUUAGAUAAUGCAAUAAAUGUAUAACAUUUUGUAUAUAUAUAUAUAUAUAUAUAUAUAUAUUCAUAUUAAAAUAUAUUUAAUAAUUGCAAGAGAACUCAUUUUGUAUAUAGUAAAAUAUUAUUUUUA